AUGGCUGAUUGGGACUAUGACUAUCUGAUCAAGCUGUUGGCUCUGGGGGACUCAGGGGUGGGGAAGACCACAUUCCUCUACAGGUACACCGACAACAAGUUCAACCGCAAGUUUACAACCACAGUAGGGAUUGACUUCAGGGAAAAGAGAGUGGUAAGUGAUUUAGGCUGUGUAGGAGGAGGCAUAUACGCAAAUAGGCCUCAAAUGCUCCUGGGUUUGUCAUCUUUGUAUGAUGCUUUGUGGUUUGGAUCAGGUGUACACAGGGACAGGUGUUGAUGGGACGACUGAGAAGAACUUUAAAGUCCAUCUUCAGCUUUGGGACACAGCGGGACAAGAGAGGUAAACACAAAACUUUUGUGUAAAGGACUUUAAGAUUUCAUGCUUUUGGGUUUUUGGUUUGACAUCUGUCCGAAUGUUGAGUGUAGGCCACACAGCAUGAGUAUGAAUGUAUUGUUUGUUGUAUCACUGAGAGGCCUUUUUUUUUUUUAUCUCAGUGUGACGUUGUUAUCCUGGGGGGGAUUUUUGUGAGUGAGACAAGACAUUAAGAUGUCCUGGUGCAGCUCCAGAUUUAAACUGAAGUUUUCCAUUCUCAGCAGCAAAGAAUACUGUUACUCAACUCCAGCAACCACCUUCAAAUUUGGGACCUUGAGGAUAAAUAGGGUGAAGCAUGAGACCUUUAUUCGGGAUUAGUAUUUUUUUCUACAAACAAAAACGAACCAUAAGAACAUGAAAAACACUAACAACACAAAUACAAAUCAGAGGACCGGAAGUCAUGCUGGCAUGUUUACAAAGCUAAGAUAAAUGCUAACACGUUACACUUCUUUGUUAGCUUUCAAACAUUUGCUAAGAAACCAUAGAUGCUUGUAUUAAUUAAAUUGAUGGAUGUUGAAAAAACUAAAACAUCAACCUGAUGAUAGUGCCAAAGGAAAAGUUAGAGGAUCUUUAGGAAUCUCAACCUCAUUAGAAGCAAAAUUGAUCAGUUUUGAAAUUUUAAUUUAGCCAUUUAAUCAGAAAUAAUCGGCAAAGUGAGGAAUAACCUUGGAUUUUCUGAGGAGCAUAGAUAUUUAUUUAAAACAUUUGCUAAUCAGUACAGCAGGUGCUGGGACAUAGGCGAAGGUAAAACAUUAAAACACCAAUCUGCUGAAGAUGUUAGCUAUGACAGAGAUAACCUCAGGUCAAUAGGGUUCAUCCUCUGGGGAUUGGGUCUACACAGAAUAUUAGAGCAAUCCAGCCAACAUUUUUGGAGAUUUUUUGUCAAAAAUUUAAACCGUAGUAAGGGACGUUCAACAGCUUUGGGAUUAUUAAAGUCAGUUGGUUAAUUUAUUUCCUGGGGAGCAUGAAUGUCUAAAUAAUAUUGUGCUGCAAAAUAAGAAAUUUAGUUUGAAUGUUUUUAAGUGAAACUUUAAGAGUCAAUCUGCUUGUGCUAUUUUAAAUUAUUUGUCCAAACAUACUGCACAACAGUUGUAAAGAUGGUUCCUUUGUAUAUAUAUGUAUAUAAAAAAGUUAAAGCUCCUGUAAGGAUCAUUUUGUUUGUGUCAUCUUUGGUGCCCCCUAUGGACAAAGUAGACUUUGCUUUUUUUGUCCUACACAUGCACAAGUUGUUCCUGCAACAAACACCUCAUUGUGCUGACCUUUGACAGUCAAACAGCUGACGCCUACCCCCUCACAAGAGUUUCGACUUUUAAAAAAUGUUGUAUAUCCUAUUAAAAUAAUGACCUAAGUCAUUUUUUUACAAAAAUGAGUUUUUGGCCUAAACUUAAUAAAAAUGCUCAGUCUUGUCAGGAAUGGUAUCGUUUGUUUUUAUAUAUCAUGAAGUAUCAGAAUCAAUUUCAGUCCAAUUCAUAAAUGUAAGAAAAAGUCCUCACAGGAGCUUUAAAUGAUCAAUGUCCUGAUGACAUAUGUUAAGACAAGUAUGACCAAAGUCAGCUGCACUCAUCCUCUGGGGACCAUGAAUGUCUGUACAAAAUAUCAUGGUACUCCACUGAACAAUCUUUGAGACUGUUUUAAACUCAAGGUUUGUUGGGGCUGUUGAUCUACAGUUGGCUGACCACAAUAGAUGGCAGAAUUUAUUCUCUGGAUAGACUGAAUGUCAUUACAAAUUUGUUCACCAACACAUUAGCUCGUUGUAAAUUCUAAUAAAAAGUUUUUUCCAAGUAAAAGUUCAGGUGUCUUAGCCAGUGACUUUAAAGAAGACAGGGGGUCCCCAAAGUUGGUAAGGUUCACCCUAUGGGGACUCUGAAUAUCUUUCUUAGGUUCAUGGAAACUCCUCCAACUGUUGCCAAGCAUUGCUGGAAAUCUAAAUGAGGGACAAUUAAAGAGGUUUUUCUUCUGUUUCUAGGUUUCGCAGCCUCACUACAGCUUUCUUCAGAGAUGCCAUGGGCUUCCUGCUGAUGUUCGACUUGACCAAUCAGCAAAGUUUCCUCAACGUCAGGAACUGGAUGAGUAUGUGUCAUCUCAGCAGCUCGCUUUGAUUCAGAUCAAUGCUGUUUGAUCAAUGCUCCUUCUCCUGUUACUCCCAGUACAGAGACUCAGAGACUCACUGUUACAGUCUGGGUUCACCUUGACUAAAAGAGUUUCUGAUCUUUCUUUGAAGUUUCCUCAUGCAUGUUUGUAUUUCACAGUUUGAAAUUAUUUCCUCUGUGUUGGUUCAGGUCAGCUACAGGCCAACGCGUACUGUGAAAGUCCAGACAUUGUGUUAGUGGGCACUAAGGCAGACCUCCGAGAUGUGAGGGAUGUUCACGCCAGACAAGCCAGAGAUCUGGCAGACAGAUACGGGUGAGGCCUCACAUGUGAACUGAUGUCUGUUGGAUACUCAAUGUGUUUAAUAACCAGCACUGCUCACAUCUAGUCACUUUACCUUUUGUGUUCAUUCAUCAAAGCGUUAAGACAUUUCAGCAGCUUUCUGAUAUCAGAGAAACAGACACAGAUGAAAAUCUGAGCCGGAGCAAAACCAAUCAACAGCUUUUUCAACAAUUAAGAUAGCACAAUCAAGUGUCUUAAUAAAGAGUGAUUUUAGGUCCUGUUUUUUUUAAACGGUUAUCUGCAAAGAUACAGCAAAAUUUUAUUUAGAUUUAAUCAGCAGCAAUCAAGAAUAUUGCAUGACUAAGUCAACUUUUUUUCUGCAAAGUUGGCCAAAACUUUGCUCCUUCAAACCCCAACUGUAAAUUAGGUUUGACAUUUCGCGGUUUAAUGUUAUGAUUUAUAUGUUACUAAAGUGUUCUUCUUUCUCAAAUCAAGUAACCACAAUGUUGUGGGUUCAUAGAAAAUGACCAAGUUCGAAGCAGACAUGCUUGUAUAAGACUCUUCUUCACUCAGUCGACCACAGGAUGGUGCUGGUGAUCUGUUUUCAGCCCUGCUCCGCUCAAUGAUUUCAUUCAGGUUGCCAAUCUUAGGGUCUCUGAGAGUGUCUUUAGCCCAAAGAAGACGAUACACUUGUGUUUUAUAACUCUGAGUUCACCUUUAAAUGCUAUAGCUUUAUUCUUCCCAGAUCAAAUACUGGUUUCAGAUAUUUCAUAUGUGCCAAUAUAUGUUUUUACAUGACUGACAGAAGUAAUAACUGCUGCUUAAUCCUAACAUUACGAUCACUAAAAUAUCAGUUUAUGUUUCUCUGCUCUUUUCAGGAUUCCUUACUUUGAGACAAGCGCAGUAACGGGUGUUGAUGUAGACCGCGCUGUGACCACCCUGCUGGACCUGGUGAUGAAGAGGAUGGAGCAGAGCAGUUACGGCGGCCCAGGCUCUGAACCCAAUGGCAGCCCCGUCACCAGCCAUGAAGUGGAACAGGUGCCCCCAAGGAGAAGGUGCGCCUGCUAA